AUGUUAACGACAAUUGGAUGUGUGCAAGAUUUGAACUUGGAUAUGAAUCCAAAUCCUCAGGAAAAUUUUCAUUUACUGUGUGCACCUGGUGGAAAUUUAUGGUACUUGUCCCUAAAUCUUUGUAAAAUAUCUGACGAUGGAGUAAAGAAAAUCAUGAAUGAAUUAAAAUACCAAGAUGCACCAAAUGAGCCUAAAUUAAGUAUUUUAAACCUAGCUAAUAAUCAUAUUACGAAAGAUGGAGCACUUCAUAUUGGUAGUAUGCUUCGUACGAACAGAUCUUUAAAGUGUCUGGUUUUGCUUGGAAACAGAAUAUGCGAUGAGGGAGCAUCGAUGAUCCUACAGGAACUUAAAAUAACCGCUUUAACUCAUGAAGAAAUUAUGGAUAAUCGUCGGAGAAACUUUGCUGAAUUAACAUUGCUCGAUCAAUUGAUGGAAAAAGAGAAAGACGAGGAAACUGACAAAUCGAUAUACGAAGAACAGUCGAGAAAAAGCAGUAAAUCACGAAUACGACACAGUCUAACUAGAAGAUCUAAAAAAUUACACACUGGUUCCUUGGUCAAAAUUGGAGACGACGAAAGUUUAUAUCAGGCUUCUGAACCUACACGAAGAAAGGAAAUAAUUUAUGGAAGUAACAAAUGUCAUCCCUUUCAAAAUGAAAGUUUCCCAAUAAAUGGAAAGAUAUUUGCAACUGGAAAUCUUGAAUUACAAUACUUAGACCUAAGCUAUAAUUAUUUGUCAAAGACGACUCUGCCAGAAUUCAUAGAAUGCUUAUAUUAUCAGAAUUAUAUGCUAGGAAAAGACAAAACCAAAGGUCUUCUGCAUGUUUUAUUGGAAGGAAAAGGCAUUGAACGAGAAAAUAACCCAGACUGGGUCACGUUUGAGGAACUUUUACAAUUAAGACAAGAAGGAAAAUCUUUUACAGAGGACACCUUUCGGGAAUUCGUGCCAGAGGAAGCUGAAAUUCUUCGAAAAAACAUCAAACAUUGA